GACUUUUAAAUGUUUUUCAGCUUUACCAUCAUUAUUAUUCGUAUCCGUUACAUGUUUCCUCAGACGGCUUUGCCGAUUCAACUUGCUCAAUAUUGUGUUCUGUCUUCUCCUUUGUACGAAUUCCUCCGGUGCAGUUAACACAAUCCAAACCCCAUAAAUCAAAGAAAUAAAUUAUGAACCCUCGAGCAAUCAUCCGAUUCUCAAAACCCACUUUUUAUCAGGUUAUAUUCUGCAUCUUCUCUUUAUUGUACUACCUUCCUUGUGCUUCAAGUCAGGAAGAACUUGGGUGGUGUGGAGAUAUGUUUCAGUGUGGGAACAUAACCGCUGGUUUUCCUUUUUGGGGUGGGAAACGUCCUGAUUAUUGCGGUCAUACAUUGCUGGAGCUUCACUGCAAUAACAACAACAAUACAUCUUUAAACAUCUCAGACCAAGAGUACUGUGUUCUUGAUGUAGAUCAAACAUACACUCUUACACUUGCCAGAACAGACAUGCUAGGCUCUUUUUGUUCUGCUAAAUUUAAAAACACAACCUUGCCUACCGAUAUCCUUGACCUCUCACUAAAUGCCAAGAACCUCACAGUUUCUUACCUCUGCGAUCCUCGUAAUCCUUACCUUUCAUCAAAUUUUACAUGUCCUUUAAAGGGUAUUGGGUCAGUGUCUCUGAGACCUGAGACACAGUCUUCCUGCAAUGAGAGUUUCGCAGUGAAUGUUCCGAUGAAUUUCUUUCCAGAAGAGAGAGAGUUUAAUUUGAAUCAGUUGGAAAGUGUUCUAAGAGGAGGGUUCGAGGUGAAAGUGGAGAUAGAUGAGAUAACUUGUCAAGAAUGUUCGUCCUCUGGUGGAAUCUGCAGCUUCAGUGGUACCACACAAGUUUGCUGCAAGACAAACUCAACGUCAGGAAUCACCUGCGAACCAAAGCCUCAACCAAGUUCUGCUGAUCUUUACCACCGCUGUAGUACCCGGUUUAUCUGUGGAGAUCAGGUUGGUCUCUUAUACCCUUUCUGGAUUCCUGGCAGAGAAGAAUGUGGUCACCCUGACUUCAAGCUCACCUGUGACAGAGGAUUUUCAGAGAUUAAUAUCGCCUCUGUGAAGUUCAGAAUCUUAGAGGCAAACUACACAACUCGUAUCAUAAGACUUGCCAGAUCUGAUUAUAUCGGCCACCUUUGUCCCCAAGAUCCUACAAAUGCGCCAUUCAACGAAAACAUCCUUCAAUUCUCACCUAACACCGACCUGCUAACACUUUACUAUGACUGCCGAGACUUUUCAUUCUCAACGCCUGCUUAUGAUCCUACUUACUUCAGAGAGCUUGGUUGUGAUGAUGAACUCGGAAGAAGUUACUAUGUGACGAGAAACCUCUCGUCCCCUUUACUUGACGGAGUUAGAGAUCUUUUAAAUAUCCUCAAGGUACUGUGCUUAACAAUCGUCAGCAUUCCUGCGUCCGGACCUGCGUUGAGCACACUACAGAGAUUUCAGACUUCAGAUAAUCUUAAGAAGGCGCUUGAAGAGGGUUUCGAGCUUGGAGUUAACCAAGAAUGUUCCAUGUGCAUGGAAUCUGGGGGUGGUUGUGGAUAUAAUCAAACCACAAGAGGGUUCGUCUGUUACUGUAACAAUGGGCCUCAUAGCCGUACUUGCAGUUCCGGAAAGCCUCAUGGUACUAUUACAAAAAUUCUAAUAGGUCUGAGUGUACUAGUAGCGGGUGUUCUUGUGCUCUUGGUAAUACUCAUACCAAUUCUCCGAAAGAGAAAAGCAUCACAUGACAACAGAAAACAGAAUCUAAAGACCCUUAUUCCACUGAAACACUAUAGUUACGCACAAGUCAAACGAAUUACAAACUCAUUUGCGGAAGUGGUUGGGGAAGGAGGGUUUGGAACGGUCUAUAGAGGAAGUCUUUCUGAUGGUAGUAUGGUUGCGGUGAAGGUCCUGAAAGACUCUAAGUGUAAUGGUGAAGACUUUGUUAACGAAGUUGUGAGCAUGAGCAGAACUUCUCAUGUUAACAUUGUUUCUCUGCUUGGAUUCUGCUCCGAAGGUUCCAAGAGAGCAAUUGUUUAUGAACUUUUGGAAAACGGGUCUCUUGAUAGGUUCAUCUCAACCAACAACUCAAUGAGCAUUGAUUGGAUGGCAAUGCAUGGAAUCGCGCUAGGCGUUGCUCGUGGUCUAGAGUACUUGCACCAUGGCUGCAAAACAAGGAUCGUGCAUUUCGAUAUUAAACCUCAGAACGUAUUGUUGGAUGAUGAUCUUUGUCCCAAAGUGUCUGAUUUCGGACUUGCUAAACUCUGCAAGAAGAAAGAGAGCACCAUGUCACUACUAGACUUGAGAGGGACGAUAGGCUACAUCGCACCAGAGAUGAUCUCUAGAGUUUAUGGGAGUGUUUCCCACAAGUCGGAUGUAUACAGCUAUGGAAUGUUAGUCCUCGAAAUGAUAGGAGCAAGGAACAAAACAUCCGCAGAAAACUAUGCAUCGGACACAAGCUCGAUGUACUUUCCAGAAUGGAUCUAUAAGGAUCUUGAGAAGGGAGACGAUGAAAGGCUUGUUGGUAACGGAAUCAGCAACGAGGAAGAGGAGAUAGCAAAGAAGAUGACAUUGGUGGGUUUGUGGUGUAUUCAGUCUUCUCCAUCAGACCGCCCACCAAUGAACAGAGUUGUGGAGAUGAUGGAAGGAAAUCUUGAUUCUCUUGAAGUCCCUCCUAAGCCUGUUUGGCAAAUUCCUACAGUGCCUCUUCCUGAAACUUCUUGGAUUUCAGAGGAGAGUUCAAGCAUCACUAAUUGAAAACCAGAACAAACAAAAUGCUUCCAGUGAAUUGUAAGCAAAACCAGAGAGAUUAUAACCAGCAGUUCUAUUUUUGCAAGUUCUAUGGUCUCUACCAUUCUAAAGUCGUUAGCAAACUCUUCUAUAAGUUAGCUAUGGAGCAGACUCUUCAUCACAUACUAUUCUCAGGGCCGGCUUAGUAUACAGAGCAGUCAGUGCAUCUAGUAUAUAAACACAUGUUCAUAGGUAAGAUUUGGAUUAAUUGAGUUUUUUCUUGUUUAAUGAAAAUUAUUUUAUGGAUUUCUUUUGUGAUUCAUAUUUUUAGUGUUAUCUAUUGGGUUUGUCUAUAACUAGUGGUGAGGUCCACCAUAAAAGAGGAAGAAGGAGUGUCAAAAACGCCAGAUUAAGAAUCGAUGUUUGCACG